GUUCAGUGUAGCUUUUGGAAAACCAGGCCCAGGUAGAGUGCUUAACUAGUACAUUUUGACCAAUCAUUUAGAGGGAGGAGUAUGGUGUGAGUUUAAAUGUAUUGUUGAGGAGACGAAUUACGCAUUUUACACACAUUUCUAACUUUCUAUGCAAUGCUGUCAACGGAUACAUAAUGCUGUUCUAUUUCAAGAUUCAGCAUAGUAGUCUUCUACAAUAAGUAUUUUCCACAGGUUUAAGGUCUCUUGUCUUUGUUGAAAGGAUAACUGAGGCUGCUGAAAGAAUAGAGUUGCUGUGGCAACAGGCCUUUUCUAAGGCCCACCUCCAGAUGCAGGUCUACCAGCUGUGUGAUGAGGCACAGCAGGUGGGUUAUAAUACAUAACAUUUACUGCAGGGUUGUGUUCAUUAGGGCGCGCAACAGAAAAUAUUUGUGCAAAAUAUCCAGGUAGUCCCUCACUGUUUUAAGUGCGCUUUUCUUCCAUUUGGUGCCCAAUGAAAAUGACCCAUCAAGCGUUUUUGUUUAUUUUUGGUUCAUUUACCUCCACUUGCAGAUAGCUUUUAAUCUGUUCAGUUAUCAAAAAGAGAAGCUCCAGACGUACAGAAUCGAGAUCGCUAAAGAUGCGAGGAAUGCUGAGACGUUAACAUCUGAAUUUGAGGCAUCCAUCUAUACACCUGCCAUGGCCGCUGUGCUGAGGAUGUGAUCCACACGUUAGCUGACACUCUGCUUCCUGGUGAUGCCCAGACCAGGGUAGAGUGGGUGCAGGAUCCGGACAGACUGAAGGAGAACAUCCACUCUGCUGUAGAGCACCCUCAUCAGACCCUCGGAGCAGUCGCCGACUUCGACCACUACUACAACAAAGCCAAUAGCUGGUACAGCAUCGUCCUGUGUGAGAACUUUCUCCAAGACCUUCUGUGGGGUGUGAACUGUGACAGCCUCCCCAAAUGGUACCACCCGCUGGAGAUGCAUGGCCCUGACCCUGUGUGGAGGCAGGCGGUCUGUGACUUCCUGAGAAGGAACCCCUCCCCAGACAUAGAGGAGCUGGUCCAGCUGGCUCACCUGGCCAAUGUCAUCCCUGACGCCCAGCUCUAGCAGAAGGGCAAACAGCUGUCACAAAGGUGCAUGACCCUGCGAAAACUCCUGACUUCUCCAGGGGCAGUACCUAUCAACAACUUCCAGUUGGCACUGCAGUGGCAGUAUGAGUUUCUGAGAGCCCGCCACAGGAAAGGGCCUGGGCCACACACUAACCUGGGUGUGGGUGGAGGCCCCGAGGCCUUUAACAGUCCAGACGGGGCAUUAUGUAGUCUCCAUAAAACCUCUGGUUCCAGAUCAGACUGAUAACCUGCACAGCCAUGGCUCCCUCUCUAACCUCAAACACCAAGUCCUUCUAGGUACGUCCCCCUCCAGUGCUAUCUCUGGGGCUGUGUCAGCUGUGGGGAAUACUCGCUCUCUCAGCUCCUCUGACUCUGGCUUUGAUGGAGCAGGAAGCAGCCAUGUGGAGACUGGGGCAAGGAGGGAGGGAUGGGAAGGGCUGUCCACGGUACCAGCCACCAGGCAGCCCCAGAUCCACGAGGAGAACAUCUCCAGCGUGUCUGACUCGGGAGGACUGUAGGGAGGAGUUUGACUUUGUUUCUGUGGGCAACACCUCCAGGGCCAGCAUUCAGAUUAUCCCUAAAAUAACGGUGGACUCGCUAGAUUUUGAGAUCAAACUGAAGCAGUCGGCUACCCUGCCCCAGAACCCCUGGCUCAGUCUGCCUGUGGAUAACCUGGAGAACUCUUACACGGUCACCAUCACCCAGAACCCUUCACCACAUCAACAAGACAUCAAGAGCCCAAACCCCUCAGAGUGCUCCCACCACACCGACCAAUUAUCCAAUCGGUCUCGAGACCAGCCCACACAGACGGAGGUACACACCAGUCCUCAGAGCAGAGGGGCACAGCCCAGUGACAGUAUCCUACAGGCACAGGACAGCUUUGAGGAGUCAGAACUGAGCCCCACUUGUAAUUCCCUCUCCAGCACCAUCACAGAUGCAGGAGACGUGCCCAACUACACUGCAGAGAGCAUUCCCACUCUUCCCGGGGAUACGUAUGACUUCCAUAACCCCAAACGGGACACCUGUGAAAGGAUUACAAGCUCCAUGUGUAACGGAUCUCAUCCUCCUCUUCUGAGGAGGAGUAGCGAGAAGGAUCGGAGGACCAAUGCGCAGCGUGGUGGAAGAGAAUGUGAUGGCACAGGAGCAGAUGUGGAAUGUUCUUCUGAAUACUCGGAGCUCAAGCAAAGUGUGGGCAUCAUGGGGCAGUGAGGAGCAGAAAAGUUUGAUGUCCUCCAGUGAUUUAAAAGUGGGUGUCC